AUGUCUUUACAAAAUCUAAAGAAAACUCCAUUGAAUUCUAUCUUCAUUAAACAAAUUUCGGACAUUCCUGUUGAUAUAGAUCUAACUCCAGAUGCGAAAGUAUCAUCGUUUGAAUCUCAAAAAUUGAUCGGCGUGAAGAAUUCUUCACGCGCACAUGGCCAACCGGAAUCUGAUACAGAAACUAAAGUAUGCGAAGAAACUUUAUCAGAAGCCGAGAUAAGUAUUACAACCACUCCUUCUAUCUCAUCAUCUCAAAUCUCUAAUUUGGAAGAUAUAGUAAAUGUAUUUGAUGGCUUUUCAGAUUCUAACUCUGAUGGUAGUGAGGAUGAUGAUGAAGACGAUAAUGGCCAAAAUACUAGCAGUAAUAAGCCAAAUUGA